CAGCAAAUGAAAUUCUUCUUCUUGUUUUUCUAAUUUCUAACCUAACCCUGUCCUAACCCUCUUAUCUAUGGUCACAGACGUCACAGUAUAAACAAUACUGUGCUAUGGUUUUCGUGAAACAUUUACGUUGACGCCAGCCUCGCCAUCUCUGAUUCGAUAAAAAAGACGCAGCCAUUAUAACACGCCCUCACAGGACAUUCUUGGAGUUAAGGCAUGCAUAAUAGUUAAGUCAGCAUGAGCGCAACAUUUUCGGAACCUCCAACAAUAAAAUUGGAGGAGACAAGCGAAAACGUCACAGAAAUUCAGUCCUAUUUAGAAGGGUUCCAAAAAGAGAUCGUAGGAGAUUCAACUGUUCAGCCUAGUUCAGGGAGUGAAGAACAAGAAGUUGAAAAUGAACAGGAAGAAGGAACUUAUUUUGUUGACCAAGCUGGGCACUACUAUUAUCAAGCCAAGGGUCAAACACAACCCGUCAUGACAGUAGUGCCAACAAUUGCAGCAAGUGGAGAUGCUGAUGAAUAUGUUAUUAAUCAGGAUAACGAUGAAGAAGGCGAGGAGGGAGAAGAGCAGAUUAUCCAACAAAAUGAAGAUAACCAGUUUGUAAUUAGUUCCGGCAACGCAUACCAAAGAGUGACAGUAGUACCAUCUGAUAACAAUUCCGGCGAACUUAGCUAUGUGCUUAUUGUUCAAGAUCCCUUGGAUAUUAAAGAAGGAGAUCAGACUGACGGAGAACAAGAUAUGACUGUGUAUGAUUUCGAUGAUGCCGAAGACGGAGGAGUAGUAGAUUCAGACGAAGACGAUAAAAGUAAAAUAGUUAAACUUCUGCCUAGAAAAUCGCAAGUUGUUGCACAAGCUCACAUGUGUAACUAUUGCAACUAUACUAGCCCCAAACGGUAUCUUCUUUCCAGGCACAUGAAAUCACAUUCUGAAGAACGUCCCCAUAAAUGUAGUGUAUGCGAGAGGGGAUUUAAGACUCUAGCUUCUCUCCAGAAUCAUGUGAACACCCAUACUGGAACAAAACCACAUGCUUGUAGAUACUGUGAUGCAGCUUUUACUACUUCAGGAGAAUUAGUUCGUCACGUAAGAUACCGUCACACCCACGAAAAACCUCAUAAAUGCACAGAAUGUGAUUAUGCUAGCGUUGAACUAUCCAAAUUGAAGCGCCACAUUCGCUGUCACACCGGGGAAAGGCCUUAUCAAUGUCCACAUUGCACGUAUGCCAGUCCUGAUACUUUUAAACUUAAGAGGCACCUGAGAAUCCAUACUGGGGAGAAACCUUAUGAAUGUGAUAUUUGUCAUACACGAUUCACGCAGUCAAACACUCUCAAGGCCCACAAACUUACACAUAAUAUUGGAGACAAGCCCAUCUUUCAGUGUGACUUGUGUCCUACGACCUGUGGACGCAAGACUGAUUUAAGAAUUCAUGUACAAAAACUUCAUACCUCAGAUAAACCUCUUAAAUGUAAGAGAUGUGGGAAAUCGUUUCCAGAUAGGUAUAGUUACAAACUUCACAAUAAAUCACAUGAAGGAGAAAAAUGCUACAAAUGCGAACUGUGUCCAUACGCUUCAAUAUCGGCCCGUCACCUUGAAUCUCACAUGCUUAUUCACACUGACCAAAAACCAUUUCAGUGUGACCAAUGUGACCAAUCUUUUCGGCAGAAGCAACUUCUCAAGAGACACCAAAAUCUUUAUCAUAAUCCGCACUAUGUUCCACCGGAACCUAAAGAAAAAACUCACGAAUGUCCAGAAUGUACUCGAGCAUUUAGGCACAAAGGAAAUCUGAUUAGGCACAUGGCUUUCCACGAUCCAGAUCCCACUAUUCAGAAGAAGCAGCUGGAAUUAAAGUUGGGCCGACAGAAGAAGAUUCGGAUAAUAGAUGGCCAACCAGUUGAGGUCAUGCAGGGAUUGGGUUCAGAAGAUGAAGAAGAGCUCGAUUUGAUGUCGGUAGAAGGAUCUGACGGACAGCAGUAUGUAGUUUUAGAAGUAAUUCAUCUGGCUGAUGGAGAGGAACAAGCUGUGGUUGUAGGUGACAGUGCUGGUGAAUUGUUGAGCGAAACGAUAUUACCGAACCAUGAAUUAAAUGAUGAAGUGGUAAAGGUAUUACAGUCGGCACGGCGGGCAGCAAAAGAAGAAAUCGAAGAGGAUCAAGAUGAAAAGAAAAUAGUGGAUACUGAUAUGCAGAACUGUUUUGGAUUUGAUGAGGAUGAGGAAGACGAGGAUGAGGAAGACGUAGGGGAGAAAGAAGGCAUUACGCUUAUUGGUGUUGACAUGCAUUAGAAUGGUCUUUAUUACAGUUGUUACACAUUCAUUGACGAAAUUAGAAAAUAUAUUAAUCUUUAUAUUAUUAAAAAUAUAAAUAGACAAAAUUGUUUAUAUCUGAAAUGUAAUUUAUUUGACACUUUAUUUUGACAAGUUUUUCUUGUUGGUAAAGUUUUUCUUUAAGGGGAUGAUUUUAAUUUGAACCAUGAACACAUAAUGCAGUAAAAAGUAUUCUAUUGGACAUUUUUAUUAUUGUGUUAAACUGAUUGCAGAUAAUUGCAAAUCUACCACGAUUGCUUAGUUUCUACUUGGCAUGCUGGGGAUUAUUGUUUAUUCUAAUUGUUAUAUUGCAUGGUAACUACUUUCCAUGUUGAUAAACAUAAUGAUAUUCUUAAGUUUUGUCAAUGAUUGCGUAAAAAUGUUUUUUAUAAUAAGAAUGAUCACCUGUAAAUUUUUGUAUAAAUAAUGCACAAUUAAUUUAGUUGGUAUGUACAUAUUCUAACUUAUAGUUAGAUAGAUAUGUUGAGGUAUUUAAUUAAAUAAAAGCGAUAA